AUGUUUUUAAGAAAAAAUUUGAUAAAAUAUUCUAUUAAAACAAAAUAUUUUUUUGAAAAAACAAAUGUAUUUUUUUUAGGAUUAAAAAAACCAGUUUUAAGACAAUAUUCAAAUGUUGCACAAUCACAAAUAAAAGAAACAAAGCUUAAUGAUGAAGUAACAAAAUAUUUAGAUAAACACAUUUUUAAAUUAGAAGAUUUUCUAUGCUUAAAAAAGGAUAAUACUGAUGGAGAAAUAAAUGAUAAAGUUUUGGAACAUAUUUUUCGAAUGUCUUUGUUGUCUGUUCCAAAAGAUGAUGAAAAAGAAAAAAUAAUUAAGAAAAUAGCGAAAUAUGUACAGUUUGUUAAAUGUAUUGAUGAUAUAGAUACCAGUAAUGUUGAAAGAUUAGUGACUAUUAGAAAAGAUAAGCCAGUUCGUUUGAUUUUAGAUGAGAUUUGUGAACCCGAGCCAGUGCCUGAAUGGAAUGUACUAGGAUUAACAAAAAAUAAAGAGGCAGAUUUAGUUACUACACAUAUACCAAAAAUAUCUCAAAAAUAUUUCUUCUUAACUACUGUUGCUAAAAAAUGCAAAAAAUAG